GUUCCCACGCAGGAGGUUGCUCUUUUAAGGAGGAUCGGUGGCUACAGCCGCGCCACUCGCCCAGCCCAGCCCUCUGCCCGCGCCGGGCCAGCCCUGCCCUGCGGCACGGCGGGCGGGAUGCGCCUGGCGUGCCCGCGGCCUGGCGGGCGGUUUCCGCGGUAAGCGCUCUCACGUCUGCGGCUGAUCUCCCGGUGGGAUUUGUGGACGGUCAUGAAUCAGACCGAUGCUCCCCGGCCACUCAACUGGACCAUCCGGAAGCUGUGCCAUGCCGCCUUCCUCCCCUCCGUCAGACUUCUUAAGGCACAGAAAUCAUGGAUAGAAAGAGCAUUUUACAAGAGAGAAUGUGUUCAUAUCAUACCCAGCACCAAAGACCCCCAUAGGUGUUGCUGUGGGCGUCUAAUAGGUCAACAUGCUGGACUGACUCCAAACAUCACUGUUCAGAAUGAGAAAAAUGAAAGCAGGCUUACUCGCAAUGACAUCCAGUCGGAGAAGUGGUCCAUCAGCAAGCACACGCAGCUCAGCCCAACGGACGCUUUUGGAACCAUUGAGUUCCAAGGAGGAGGCCACUCCAAUAAAGCCAUGUAUGUACGUGUGUCUUUUGACACAAAGCCUGACCUUCUUCUGCAUCUGAUGACCAAAGAGUGGCAGCUUGAGCUCCCUAAACUUCUCAUCUCUGUGCACGGGGGCCUUCAGAAUUUCGAACUUCAGCCAAAACUCAAGCAAGUCUUUGGAAAAGGCCUAAUUAAGGCUGCUAUGACAACUGGAGCGUGGAUAUUCACUGGAGGAGUAAACACAGGAGUCAUUCGGCAUGUUGGAGAUGCACUGAAAGAUCAUGCCUCAAAAUCUCGAGGGAAGAUCUGCACCAUCGGUAUAGCUCCCUGGGGGAUUGUGGAAAAUCAAGAGGAUCUGAUUGGCAAAGAUGUGGUCCGACCAUACCAGACGAUGUCUAAUCCCAUGAGUAAAUUGACAGUGCUCAACAGUAUGCAUUCUCAUUUUAUUUUGGCUGACAAUGGAACUGCUGGUAAAUAUGGAGCAGAGGUGAAACUUCGUAGACAGCUGGAAAAGCACAUUUCUCUUCAGAAGAUAAAUACAAGAAUUGGUCAAGGGGUUCCAGUAGUGGCCCUCAUUGUGGAAGGAGGUCCCAAUGUUAUCUCCAUCGUUCUGGAGUACCUGCGAGACACUCCUCCUGUUCCUGUUGUGAUAUGCGAUGGCAGUGGCCGGGCAUCUGACAUCCUUGCCUUUGGUCACAAAUACUCUGAAGAAGGAGGACUUAUCAACGAGUCUUUGAGAGACCAGUUGCUGGUUACCAUACAGAAGACUUUCACAUACACCCGAACCCAGGCACAGCACCUCUUCAUUAUCCUCAUGGAGUGCAUGAAGAAGAAGGAGCUGAUCACAGUAUUUCGCAUGGGAUCAGAAGGACACCAGGAUAUUGAUUUAGCUAUCCUGACAGCAUUACUAAAAGGAGCUAACGCAUCUGCUCCCGACCAGCUGAGCCUAGCAUUAGCCUGGAACAGAGUAGACAUCGCCCGCAGUCAGAUCUUUAUUUAUGGGCAACAGUGGCCGGUGGGCUCCCUUGAGCAAGCAAUGCUGGAUGCACUGGUGUUGGACAGAGUGGAUUUUGUGAAAUUACUUAUAGAAAAUGGAGUAAGCAUGCAUCGUUUUCUCACCAUCUCCCGGCUAGAGGAAUUGUACAAUACGAGACAUGGACCAUCCAACACUCUGUACCAUCUAGUCAGGGACGUCAAGAAGCGAGAAUAUCCAGGUUUCGGUUGGAUCUAUUUUAAGGGAAACUUACCUCCUGAUUAUCGGAUAAGUCUGAUUGAUAUUGGUUUGGUGAUAGAGUACCUGAUGGGAGGAGCAUAUCGCUGUAAUUACACCCGAAAGAGGUUCAGAACACUGUACCACAAUUUAUUUGGGCCCAAGAGGCCAAAAGCCCUGAAACUGUUGGGAAUGGAGGAUGAUGUCCCUUUGCGUCGAGGGAGGAAAACAACAAAAAAAAGAGAAGAAGAAGUUGAUAUUGACUUGGAUGACCCUGAGAUCAAUCAUUUCCCCUUCCCAUUCCAUGAGCUGAUGGUGUGGGCUGUGCUGAUGAAGCGUCAGAAGAUGGCCCUGUUCUUUUGGCAGCAUGGGGAAGAGGCUAUGGCAAAAGCACUGGUGGCCUGUAAACUCUGCAAAGCCAUGGCCCACGAAGCAUCAGAAAAUGACAUGGUGGAUGACAUAUCCCAAGAGCUGAAUCAUAAUUCCAGGGACUUUGGCCAGUUGGCGGUGGAGCUGUUGGACCAGUCAUACAAGCAGGACGAGCAACUGGCAAUGAAACUGCUGACCUAUGAGCUGAAGAACUGGAGCAACGCCACAUGCCUGCAGCUCGCAGUGGCAGCCAAGCACAGGGACUUCAUUGCUCACACUUGCAGCCAAAUGCUCCUCACAGACAUGUGGAUGGGUCGUCUCCGGAUGCGCAAAAAUUCUGGCCUGAAGGUAAUUCUAGGGAUUCUACUUCCUCCUUCAAUUCUCAGCUUGGAGUUCAAGAACAAAGAUGAUAUGCCUUACAUGUCCCAGGCCAAUGAGAUCCACCUUCAAGAGAAGGAGCCAGAGGAACCAGAGAAACCAGUGAAAGAAAAAGAGGAGGAGGACAUGGAACUCACCGCAAUGCUGGGACGAGGGAAUGGAGAGUCCUCAAGAAAGAAAGAUGAAGAGGAAGUGCAGAGCAGGCACAGACUGAUCCCUAUUGGAAGAAAGAUUUAUGAGUUCUACAAUGCUCCCAUUGUUAAAUUUUGGUUUUACACACUGGCAUAUAUAGGCUACUUGAUGCUGUUCAAUUAUAUAGUGUUAGUGAAGAUGGAUCGCUGGCCAUCUACACAGGAAUGGAUUGUCAUCUCGUACAUUUUCACUCUGGGAAUAGAGAAGAUGAGAGAGAUAUUGAUGUCAGAGCCCGGGAAACUGUUACAGAAAGUAAAAGUUUGGCUUCAGGAGUACUGGAAUGUUACUGAUCUCAUAGCUAUCCUCCUGUUCUCCGUUGGGAUGGUGCUCCGUCUGCAAGAUCUGCCACUCCGGAGUGAUGGCCGAGUGAUAUACUGUGUUAACAUCAUUUACUGGUAUAUACGGUUGUUAGACAUCUUCGGAGUAAACAAGUAUUUGGGACCAUAUGUUAUGAUGAUUGGAAAAAUGAUGAUAGACAUGAUGUACUUUGUCAUCAUCAUGUUGGUGGUUCUGAUGAGCUUUGGCGUCGCAAGACAGGCUAUUCUCUUCCCCAAUGAGGAGCCUUCGUGGAAGCUGGCGAAAAACAUUUUUUACAUGCCUUAUUGGAUGAUCUAUGGGGAAGUGUUUGCAGACCAGAUAGACCCUCCUUGUGGUCAAAAUGAAACCAGAGAAGAUGGCAAAAUAAUCCAGCUACCUCCCUGCAAGACAGGAGCAUGGAUCGUUCCUGCCAUCAUGGCCUGUUACCUCUUGGUUGCAAACAUACUUUUGGUGAAUCUCCUUAUUGCUGUUUUCAACAAUACGUUUUUUGAAGUCAAAUCUAUAUCCAACCAAGUAUGGAAGUUUCAAAGAUAUCAGCUAAUCAUGACAUUUCACGAAAGACCUGUUCUCCCUCCGCCGCUGAUCAUUUUCAGCCACAUGACUAUGAUAUUCCAGCACCUCUGCUGCAGAUGGCGGAAGCAUGAAAGCGACCCAGAUGAGAGAGACUAUGGAUUAAAACUUUUCAUAACUGAGGAUGAAUUGAAAAAAGUCCAUGAUUUUGAAGAGCAGUGCAUAGAAGAAUAUUUUAGAGAAAAGGAUGACAGAUUCAAUUCCUCCAAUGAUGAAAGAAUCCGCGUCACUUCAGAAAGGGUAGAGAACAUGGCCAUGCGACUGGAAGAAGUAAAUGAGCGAGAGCACUGCAUGAAGGCCUCUCUGCAGACUGUUGACAUCAGGCUUGCCCAGCUGGAAGAUAUGAUGGGACGAAUGGUGACAGCCUUAGAAAAAAUGACUGGCAUAGAGAGAGGUGAGACAACCAAGAUACGAUCCAGGACCUCAUCUGACUGUACUGAUGCAGCCUACAUUGUGAGGCAGAGUAGCUUCAAUAGUCAGGAAGGAAAUACUUACAAGCUUCAAGAGAGCAUAGAUCCCACAGGAGAGGAGUCCAUGUCCCCAACGUCUCCUACGAUCACACCCCGCAUGCGAAGCCACUCUUUCUAUGCAACAGAUAUGAAGGAUAAGUGUGGGCUGGAAAAGUUUGAAAGCAUUUUUAAGGAAAGAUCUCCAAGCCUGCAUCGGGCUAUCAGUUCCCACUCAAUCGCAAAAGAAGGAAAGGUUCCCUUAGCCCCGACCAGCACUUUGUCGAUUGCCCCAGACUCCAGAAGGCCUUCAUCUUGUAUAGACAUCUAUGUUUCUGCCAUGGAUGAGAUGCAUUCUGACACAGAGCCUCUCGACAGCUCCAUAAAUAUUCUUGGUACCGGAGAUGCAGCUCUGCAGGCUCACAUAGCCUCUUCUAUUUUAGCUAACAGUGCGUACAUUAGCAGUACACCUGGCGAAAAUAUUUCUGGCAGGAGUCUUGAUUACGAGGAAACCUCUGGAAUAGAAACAAGAGCAUUUUCUUCAGACUAUUCACAAAUCACAGAUUGCCAAAUCCCCUGGGAUUCAGACCCUCCCUUGUAUCACACUUUAGAGAGAUCUAAAAGCAGUCGUUACCUGGCUACAACCCCAUUUAUUCUGGAGGAAACGCCAAUUGUGAAGUCUCACAGUUUUAUGUUCUCUCCAUCUCGAAGCUACUUCAGCAGCCUUGGCGUCCCAGUGAAAACAGCAGAGUAUACAAGUAUUACAGACUGCAUAGACACGAGGUGUGUGAGCGCUCCCCAGGCCAUCGCAGAGAGGGCCAGUUUCCCUGGAAGUCUUGGGGGCAAAGUGGAGGACUUGGGAUGCUGCCACCCAGAAAGAGAAGCUGAACUAAGUCACCCGAGCUCUGAUCAUGAGGAUAUUGAAGCCAAAGACAAGAAGGGGAUCCCCUUAUCUCCUCAAGACAGCAAUGCUACAAGAACUCUAGCCAACAGCAUCCCACUUCCAAAGAUAGAACGAGCCAACAGCUACUCCGCAGAGGAGUCCAACAUGUUGUAUGCACACCACACGCGGAAAAGCUACUCUAUCAGCGACAAACUUGACAGACAAAGAAACGCAACAGGCCUGCGAAACCCCUUCCAGAGGAGUAAGUCCUCGAGGCCAGAGAGCAGAGGGGACAACCUGUCCAUGAGGAGACUGUCAAGAACGGGAGCCUUCCGCAGCUUUGAAAGCAAGCACAGCUAGGCCUAGACAAAGCUCACCAGCAGUCUAAGGGUCAUCUGCUCUCCAGUCCGUUUUUCUUAGAAUUAAAAAAAAACCCUCACAUCACCCCAUGUAAACUCCAGCUGGCAUUAGCCACUGGUCAAGGGAGAACAUUGUCAGUCUCAGCAUCGCCCACUGAGUUACUGCAUCUUGACCCAGUUGACAUUUGCACUUAAGGAAAAAGGGAGGGAUGAAAGCUUUACAAAGACUUCAGUAAACAACAGGAAUAACAAGCCCCUUUUAUGAAGUCACAAGAAAUAAAUGAGUAGGUUCAGAAAUCUGCCUUUUUUUAGAAGGCAUCCUAAGAUCUUUGAUCAUUAUUUAAGUUUUUAGAAUGCAGGAAUUAACUGGCCAAAAGAGAUGUACAAAUUAGAUAUUCUAAACUUCAAUCACGAUUUCUUUUUCAUCUGUUUCACCGUUGUGAUGACUGAUGAAAAGCAUUUGUUAUUUCUGUAGGAACCGGCAGAAAACAAACCUAAAGUCUCCCAAAUCCCUUGCAUCCCACACUUGUGGAAAUGAAGAAAGAUAAACAAGAUAACAACAAUAAUGUUCACUUUCCUCUUUUUGUAUCAACUUCUAGUGCCACAAAAAGUUUAUAUUUUCAAGAGCAGAAAGGGAAAUGAAAUGCUUUUUGUACUGCAACUUCAAUGGAGGAAGAAUUUAUGUUAAAAUAUCAGGUGAUUUCCUGUAUAAAACAGGCAUUCUAGAUUCUAGCACAGCUGAGCAAGCUCAGGAUGAAUGUAAUUAAGCGGAAUAGUAUAUAUUUAUUUUUUUACCACAUUUGUCAUCAAUAUGUUGUCUCACUAAAUCAAAGGAUGCGAUGGAACAGUAAGAAUAGGGUGAUCAGAGCAGAGCACAGUAAUAUUGUCAGGUACUCACUGCUCUGUUUAACUACAUAUACCAAUUUGGGAGAUGUAUCCACCAGACUACUACCAGGCUCUUCUUGCUGUUCCAUUUGAGCUGCUGAUUUUUUACAUCAUUCCCUCGCCUAAAAAAUAUGCAUCUUUUUUUUUUUCAUGAGGACAUGGCCAUAUUUGACCAUUUCAAAGUAUACGAGAUUUAUCAACAGUCUGAAUCCAGAUUAAUGCAAUUAGACUGAAGUUGCUUAAAGGAAAAUGUCCUUGGCAGAGGACUAGAAAACACUAAAGAGUAUAUAUGCUUUUAAGGUAAGUUAAAUAACCAAAAUGAAACUGCAAGUGUCCAUAAACAGCAAAAGCCAUCAGUUGCAACUAAGCUUCCACCAUUCAGCAACAUGCAACAUGCAUUUUAGUAGGAGAAAGAAUAUCAGAACGUAGUGCAGUUACGGGUUUUGGUUGAAGACAUUCGUAACUCCACUGACCCCACCCACAUUGCAAGGGUCCACAAUGUCAACCAGAGUUUCAAACUUCUCAUGAGAAGAUAUCAUAGUGGUCACAAGUGGAAGAGUAUGCAGAAGAUAGGAAAAUGGUGGAGAAGCAUAAACUGCAACUGAAUAAAAAAUUCACAUCCUUUAUGAAGGCACAACUUUUAAGUUUUUAUAAAGAGUUGAAGCUAGUGCUAUUCAAAAUUAAAACAUCUCUACAAUGACCAACAUCUGUGUAGAACCAGCUCCUUUUUGUUAUUAAAACCGAACACAUGUGAGUGGGGUACAUAGUUCCCAUUAUUUAAAUGGGAAUUAUCUUUCAAAUCUCUAAGGCAGCUUUGAAAAUGCAGGCUGACGUUUUCUCUCUAGGAUCUCAACCUGGGAGACUCUGAGCACCAUAAGAGAGCUAAGUCUGAAAGGCAACAAAUCCAAACAUAAAAAUAAUCAUCAACCUCAAGAAAAGAGGCAAAGAAGGUGAAAACAUUUAAGUACCAAGUCACUACGUUGGAAAAUUCAGGAAAUAAAGAAAUGCAGCAUGGGGACUUUCAGCAUGUGUUUCAUACUUCCUGCGCCAACGUGUUCCUUGCUUUCUUCUAUUUGAUCAGGCUUUCAAUGAGCUAAACUCUACCAAGACACCACGUUUAUGCAAUUGCCUUGCAGUCCAUGUGCAGCGUUACAGUCACAUGGCAACACCGAGAAAGGUCAGAAACCUUUCUGUGCAUUAUGAAGCAUGCUUGUGACAGGCUGAUUGUUGAACAAUAGCAAAACGCCCAGGGGCAAAGGAACUUGUGUUUAACAAUCUGCUUCAAACGUGCCAACUUUUGUUAGCAGCCUUUUCCUAAGGCUUCUCCAAAUCUAUCUAUCCUUGGCGAGUAGAGGGGGAUAUUCUCACUUUGUUUUCUUUGUUACUUUUACGAAUGUCUGCUAAAACUGUUUGUGGACUCUUCCACCUUCACCAUAUUACUGGCCUACUCUAGAGGAACUUCACAUUCAUUAGAAAUUCCUCAUCAGUGCUUAGUCAGUUAGUUCAAGGCAUAGGGCUCUCCUCUGAGGUAGAUUUCAUUGCUUAGUUUGUCAGGGUAAAGGAAUUUGCCAAACCCAAAAGCUGUACAAAUGUUUAGGAUACAGCACUUUAUUGAUCUGGAGCACACAUUCCAGGUAAAAUGAAACAGGACACUUUAUUUACCUCUUAAAAUUUGCCAUUAUAUAUAAAAUGUAAAUUCAGAUGCUAAAAGCGUGAUUGCAAGAUGUCAGAACACUACUUUUCCUGAAUGUUUCCCAUUUAUUCUACAGUGUGGUGUCCAUAGAAUAUAUUAUGAUGGAUGUUAGAUCAUUUUAUCUUCACUUGUUUUUUACACAUUGCAUCAAAUUGCUCCUUUUUGAAUUUGAUGGUAAAAUUCCCAUUCCUUGCAAUGGGACCAGAUUUCCCACUCCCGAUAUUAUUAUGACCAUUUACUGAGAGUAAAAGUCUUAUCAUCCAUCAUCAUGUAGCUAUAGCAUGUGCCAUAUGACAUAUUCUGUAUCAAAGGAUAGCUUAUGAAAUAGAUAUAUAUACACACAUAUAUACAUAUCUCCCAUAUAUAAACCAGUAUAGUUGUGACAUGUGGUAAUAUUAGUGAACGUUACAGGACAGUUUUAUUAUCACAUUAUAAGGACUUGUUUGUAAAUCUGUAACAUUCAAUAAAAUAGCACAUGUUGCAUUGAGCAUUAAGUUCCACUAUCCAAUUAUUAGCUUACAUAUGGAAUAUGCAUUUCUGGUCACAGUGUGUAAGUUUGGUGUGUUUCACACAUUUCCUCUGUAUAGCUCCACUUAAAUGUCUGUAUGAGCUGAUGUAUAAACCUUUAAUGAGCCACUGUGGGCUGUGACAGGUGAGUUGUGAUAGUGUGAAAGAUGAACUGGCAUGUUAUGCAAAAGAUUAUAAGAUAAAUGAACUUUAAUAAUAUUUUGAAACUCAACUGAACUUAGCUGUUUGUUUACAUAUGCUGGCCGACUGAGGAAGCGGUAUACAGUGUUUUAUAAAUAUUUUCCUAUAGUAAUCCGUUCUGUUGUUUCCAGUUUAAGUGAUGCUAUUCUACAGUUGGGGUAUACACUUGUCCUAGGUAUUGGAUUAUAGUACAUUAUUCUUUCACAGUAACAGUGUGAUAUGACCGAAGUAGUUUCUCUUCCUUACAGUCCAGUCUUUUUUUGUGUCAAUGGAAAUGCAUGCAUUGUUCCAUGAGUUUCUUUGGACUACUAUGAGACUUAACAUUUUGCUAUUGCCUGCCUGUAAAGAUGAAUCCAGUUAGGAACGAAUUCAAGCUUUUGGAUGUUUACAUUAUUUCCAUUAUGUUUGAUCUUUAGCAAAGUAAGUGAAUUUUUUAUUAUUUUUAAAUGACAAUUGUAUUUUAUGAAAUUGAAAUAUUCAACACAAAAUGCGAACCUACAGCAGUGCUCAGACAUUUGGCUCUCUCUUUUUUUUGGAAGAGAUAAGGUGCUACAUUAUUGUUCUUAGCACAAGUGCCAGUUAACAAAUGGCAGUGAGGGGAUAAUUUGAAAAUAUAAUGAAAAACCAAAACAUCCAUUCAUCCACAUAAGGAAAUCCCUCUGGGUUCCAGAUAUAGAUUGCUUUUUUUUUUUUUCAUUUUCCAUUGAUAGAUUUUUUGGUAAAAAAAAAAAAAAACAACUGAUUUGUACCUUUUGUGGAAUGGAUAGCCUUUUGUCAGGGGAUAAAUAUCUUAGUUAGGUAUAUUUUUUGUAUGAGAAGAAAAUGAUUUGUUUCUUAGAAACUGUCAGCGCAUGGAAAAUGCAAGUACACAAAUAACUGCUCAAAAAAAGUGCUGGUAGCAGCACACAGCCUUAGUCCAAUGACUGCAGUCGGAGAAAACAAGUAUCUGUCCUGAGAGCAGAAGUUAUCAAAGGUAUUAGCAUAGAGUGAGCCAGUGAAACAAAAUUCUGUGUAAACUCAUGGUGCAAAUUUUCAAAACAAGCAUAAAUGUCUUGUUAUGUUGCUCAGGUUAUAUACUUAAGAGGAUCUGAUAAUCACCAGAAGGGAAAAUGUGAGCUGGUCAAUCCUGGCUUUCCCUAGGAAUAUUUAAGUAGUUGUGAUGUCUCUCCCCUGCUUUAAAGUAAUAGUCUAUUUGCAUUUUUGCACAAAUAUGCACAAUUGUUUCAAAAAAGACCACAUUUUCAGUUCUGUUAAAAGAUACCAGGUAGAGAUCACCUUCUUCAAAAGAAAUGGGAAAGCUUCCUAGCAUGAAUUUUCCCUCAUCCACCUCAAAUAACAGCACAGCCCAAACUAGGCAGAAGUAAAGCGCUGGGGGCGGCUGCUUACCUAAUGAAACCCUCCAUUCCUGGAGAUGGUAUUCACUGGCCUUGCCAUGUGUUGGCAUAAAAGCAGUAGCACUGAAUGUGGAGGGACCGAGUUUCUGCGCCCCAGUGAGAGUUAUCCUGCUCUACAGCCAACCACACGGUGAACGCUACAGGCCACACAGGCUUCUCUUCUCCGAGAUUGACUACGAUUUAUGGUCUUACCGAUGCUGGUGCAAAUCUGCAGAAAAUCCACUGACUUCAAUGGAGUACUCUCACUCUUGUCAGAGGAUGGAUUUAUUCUGCGUUUCUAACUCUAUAUUACUUUGAGUCAUGGCACAGAUUAUCCUAAAUCAUCAUCAAGUGGGAAGUCUAAUGACUGAGCCAUUGAGCCAGACUAGUCGUGGAACAGUCUCUGACCUUUUAAUUUUUGCUGUAUGCUUUCAGAUCUCUCAUAGACCCACACAGUACUUAUUUCGAAAAGCUAUUAGGAAAAAAUGUUUGAUUAUUAAAUUGCUGCUGUUUCUGCUGCAGGGAAGUGAUAACUCUUGUUUAUUUUAGUAUUUGGUAGGGAGGGGGAAGGGACAGAAGUGGGAAUUGGCUGUGAAAUACAAUUUUAUGCCUGCAUAAGAGUAAAUUGUAUUAAAGUUAUAUCCUUCCACCACUGCAGUUGUUGUACAUGAGGAGAGUCUAUAUGCUGCUACUGCUGUCUGGAACAGUGUUUGCAAUAUACUAUACUAAUAGCUAUUUAAUCGUUUAUUAUUUGGGCUAUCAUUUGUAAGUGUAUAACAAUCAUUUAUAAAGGGAGAAAAAUUAUUAAAAUGUCAUUUUAAACAAAUUCCUACUAAUAUGAAGCUUUUCAAGUAUGAUUUGUCUAAAUGUAUAUCGCUAGGGAAAAUGGUCCUUUCCAAAGGUGUACUGGAUUCACAAUGCACUUUUAGACUGUGUUUAGAUACGUAAUAAAAAGCAGAAGUUGGCAAUUACUACAGUAGAACUUUCUGAAAUUUCUGUAACAGUUGUUUUGCAAUAA